UCUGGUUAGACUCUAUUCUACAGGGCGAUGCGCGCCCCCGCGACUCGCUGUAGAAAACAAAGCGUCUUCCAUUACAGCAGGAGCUGCAGCCCCCGGGAUCAUCAGUCAGUCACACCGGAUAAACCUCUCGAAUAUGGAUAUACAGUGGAAGUAGUGUAUUAACAAACCGAGCCUGCCGGGCUAGGGGGCCGACGAGACAUCGGAGAACCGACGACACAGCGUCAGUCUUUCCUCGGGUCUUUGUCCCUCCACCAUCACCGCGAUCUCUCCUGCGAGCUUGUUCAGCUAGUGCUUACUAGCUGAGGCUAGGACGUGUCGCCAUGUUGUCGUUUAAAAGUAACUACUAGGGACGCCUGUCUCCGACGGAACCGCAGAAGACAUCUCCACGGUCCCAGCGGGUUGUCAUCGGGACCGUAUUCGGUGUUCUCCCCGGACCCAGGUGACCAGGUGUCGGCGGGAUGGCGGAGCAGGGCUACACCUCCUGGGCAUACUCCCUGGUGGACUCAAGCCAGGUUUCUACGUUCCUCAUCUCCAUCCUCCUAAUAGUUUAUGGCAGCUUCAGGUCAUUAAACAUGGACUGUGAGAACCAGGAGAAGGAUAAGGAUGGAAACCCAACCGCACCAGGAACCUUCAACAAUGGAGGCACAAACAACAGCAUUUUCCCAGGUAUUCAGACCAUCGACUCCACGCAGGCUCUGUUCCUGCCCAUAGGAGCCUCGGUGUCUCUGCUCGUCAUGUUCUUCUUCUUCGACUCGGUACAGGUGGUCUUCACCAUCUGCACUGCAGUUCUUGCAACAAUCGCAUUUGCGUUCCUUUUGUUGCCAAUGUGCCAGUACCUGACUAGGCCAUGCUCACCACAGAACAACAGGAUCUCCUUCGGGUGCUGCGGGCGAUUCACCCUCGCUGAGCUCCUGUCCUUCUCCCUCUCAGUCCUGCUGGUGCUCAUCUGGGUGCUCACCGGACACUGGCUGCUCAUGGAUGCUCUGGCAAUGGGCCUCUGCGUGGCCAUGAUCGCCUUUGUGCGGCUCCCCAGUCUCAAGGUGUCCUGCCUGCUGCUGUCUGGCCUGCUCAUCUAUGACGUCUUCUGGGUGUUCUUCUCCGCCUACAUCUUCAACAGCAACGUGAUGGUGAAGGUGGCCACGCAGCCCGCGGAGAACCCCAUCGACGUCCUGUCCAGGAAGCUGCACCUGGGGCCAGGCAUGGGCCGCGACGUCCCGCGCCUCUCCCUGCCCGGCAAGCUGGUCUUCCCCAGCUCCACGGGGAGCCACUUCUCCAUGCUGGGGAUCGGGGACAUCGUGAUGCCGGGGCUGCUGCUGUGCUUUGUGCUGCGCUACGACAACUACAAGAAGCAGGCCAACGCGGAGUCGGCCACGCCCGGCCGCAUGCAGAGGGUCUCCUACUUCCACUGCACCCUCGUCGGAUACUUUGUUGGGCUCUUGACCGCCACGGUGGCGUCCAGAAUCCACCGCGCGGCCCAGCCGGCCCUCCUCUACCUGGUGCCCUUCACCCUCCUGCCUCUGCUCACCAUGGCCUACCUAAAGGGGGACUUGCGGCGCAUGUGGUCGGAGCCCUUCCACACCAAGGCCAGCAGCUCCCGCUUCCUGGAAGUAUGAUGCAGUCCUGCGGCCCACCCAGCGCCCCCAUGGGAGGAAGGACCCUCCCUCACCCCCCCACCC